AUGCUGCGAGAAGCUUCAAGCGAUGAAGUACUUCGAGUCCCAAAUGAUCUCCACAAUUACCGUGAUCGCAUCGAUGCCGGAUUGGAAAUUGGAAAGAAAAAUCGCGAAACAGUUAAAGAUUUGACUGACCAGGUUCAAAGAAUUCGAAAAAGAGCAGCUGAAGAAGCUUCUUCUUCUGCUUCCCUUUCUCAUGUAAAUAUCACUUCACCCUCUCUCUAUACUAAUGUGUUAAGAGAUAACUACUUGAUCUCAGGUGAUUCGGCGCGACAGAUGAAGCCUCGACACAAAAGUCUUGGACGAUUGGAUCGUAACGAUUCAUUAUGGUCUUCGGACGUUCUUCCAAGCCACCAUCGGUCAUCCCCCCGACUGAAUAUCUCUUCAGAUGAAGCCGAUUAUGAGCAGGUCGAAAGCCUCUAUUCAAAGCUGAAAGCUGAACUAUUCAAAAACUCGACGUUAGAAGAGAUGAACGAGAUGUUACGAGAAGAGAACGAUGCUGCAUUACAGGCAAACGAAGGAUUACGCUCGGAUGUUCAAAGCUUAACGAGAGCUCUGGAGAGCUUAGAGACGCAGCAUCAGCAAGAUCAAAACCGUUUCCAGUCUGAGAACCAGAGAUAUCGAAGCCACUUGGAUAACCAACAUCGGCAGCUAAUUGCCUUAUGGAAAGCGUUUACUUCCGUUAAGCGACAGGUCCACGAUUUACAAAUCUCAACGACGAACGACAUUGACAAGCAGAAGACCGAAUUUGCUCGUUGUGCUUCAGCCAUGCAGAGAGCUAUCCGACAAGUGGAAACUAAAAAGAAAGCUCAAGAAGAACAGGAGAAGAUGGAUAAGGAAGAGCAGCUGGAUGAGAUAAUCAAGAAGUACGAAGACGUCUAUUCGCAAGUGCGAAAGAUUGAGAAAGAGCUGCAAGACAAGAACGUCCAGCUUUCCAAAAAGGAACUAGAACUUCGACGAGCACGUGAUGAGAAUGAAGACAUUCUGAAUAUGAUCGAAAAAAUUGAACGAAUGCCCGAAUUGUCUAGUGGAAUUCAAAGGAAGCGAACACGCAGUGCCAGUCCAAAGAACGACUCAACGGAUUUGAUUCGUCGAAUAAGAAACAGCAUUUCUUCCAAAACAAAAGAACUGAGGGAUUUGGAAGAGAAGUUGGAAUCUGCUGAUUCUGAAAUACGACGUCUUCAAAAAGACUUAGACACUAAGAAUCGAGGAGAUCGAGAGAAGCGUGACUUGGAUCGUCAAAAUCGGGAAAGGAGUCGUGAGAGAGAAAUCAAAAUCAAAAACUUGGAUGCUGAUCUUCUUCGUUUGAAUAAUAAAAUCCAGGCAAUGGAGGAGGAAAAGGAAUCACGGGAUAGUCUCGUUCAGAAGCUACAUGACAACAUGGCAGAGAUUCAUAGAAACCAUAAACAAUAUCUGGAAGAUUUGACUGUACGUCAUCGUGAUGAGAUCAAUACGAGGGAAGAAGCGUUCAACUCCGAUUUGAAAAAUAAGAGCGAAGAAUAUGAAUUGAAACUUCUGAAGAUGAACCAAGAAAAUGAGAGAAACCGGGCAGAGUUGGAAGAACUACGCCAAGUCUUACGGGAAAUGAAAGCAGAGUCAAUGAGUCUGAAGAAGACUAUUGAUGAGAAAGAAUUCAAUAUUCUGACUUUGGAAGAAAAUCUGAGUGCUCUCAAAAACAAAGUGGAGUUAGAGACAAACAGGGCAGAUGAGAAGGAGAUGGAGAUGGUCGAACUGAAUGGUCGAAUCGAAGAGUUCAAAGCCAAAGAAAGCGAUCUGAGGAAAGAGCUUCUUGAGAUACAAAACCACAACGAUGUUCUUAAUAUGGAAACGAAGCAAUCUACCGAGUUGAUGACCAAUCUUCGGUCGGAAGUCUCUGAACUUUAUGAGAAGUUGGACGCUGCCAGUCACACAGAAGAACAAAUCCGUGGUCAGCUGGAAAAUCAAGUGAACAACACUAGCGAGUUGAAUGAUUUGCUGAAAUCGUUGAAAACGACAAUUCAGGAUUUGGAAGUCAAAUUAGAAGCUACAAUGGAAGACGUUCGUAUGGCUCGCGAUGAUUCUGAUAACAACAGGCAUUUGUUCAAAGAAAAAGUCAAAGAAGUCACAGAGAUCACAAAGAUUCUGGAAGAUCUGAAGAGAGAGAAAGAAGUUUUCAUUGACGAUUUCAAUACUGUGAAGACCGAGAAAGACAAUUUCUCUAGCAAAGUCAUUGAAAUCGAGAAAGAGAUCCAACAGAAGAAUCAGAAUGAAGAGCAGUUGCGACGGUUGAUGGAAGAACUUCGGGAUGGAUUGGAGAGCAAGAAGGAAGAGUCUCAGCAACGUCAGAUAAGAAUCGAAGACUUAGAAGCUCAAUUAGAAACUUCAAACGCCAAUAACGGGAAGCUCGAGGAAAUCCAGAAGGCAGAGCUGCUGCGAAGAGAAGAAAUUCAGAAGGUCAAAGACUUGGAGAAUGAGCAAAUGCUGCAGUCCCAGACUGAAGUCUCAACCAAAGAAAUUAAAAAGUUGGAAAAGCAUCUAAAAGGCGCUGAAGAACGCCUGGGAGAGCUUACGACUCUUCACGAGAAGUUAAUGGAAGAAGAGUUGGAACUCCGAAUGAAGCUCGAUGAAACAAAAGAGGAAAUGGAACAGUCAAAUGCUAAAAAUAAAAAAGAGAUCGAAGGUCUGACAGCUCAGAAUCAACAGGAAAGGGAAGAGUGGGAUGAUGAGAGAGCUCAGCUUGAGAAAGCAAAGGCGAAUGCUAUUGGAAAAAUGAGAGAAGAACUGGAGAAAGCUGAAGAAGAAGUGAAAGAAGGUGCAACGAGAGAAGACAACCUCCAGAAAACGAUUGAUGAGUUGAACGAGCAAAUAGAACAUCUCGAGAAAAAAUCUUCUGAAGUUAAUCGGAACGUCGAAGAGAGAAGCUAUGACCUGAAGAUGAAAGAGAAAGAACUGGAAGAUGAUCGACGAGCAUUGAACGUUGAAAUGGAAGAACUCCAUUUGAAGUUGAUCAAGUUAUCUGGAGAUUUGCAAGAGAGCCAACGGAAGGUAGCAAAUCUAGAGAAGGAGGCCCUGAAGACAGAAAUGGUUCUGACCAAAAAAACAGCUUCCUUGGCGGAGUUCGAAGAUAAAAUAGAUUCUUUGAUGAGAAACGUACUUGAUCAUGAGAGAGCUGAAAACGAUUUGAAAGACAAGUUCGCCGUUCUGGAGAGGGAAAACUCAGAAUUGAAAUCAACGAAGGAGCGAGUUCAGAAGAAACUACAAGAUGAACUCUCCAGGAAUCAAGAAUUGGAAAACCGUCUCAGAGAAGCUAACAAAGGAAUUCAGAAUGUCAAAGUAAGAAACCAGAUCGAGGAUGAAAUGAAAGCUGAAAGAGAUACGAAGUUACAACAACUAGCGAACAAAAAGAAGCAACUAGAGCUCGAGUUGGCAGAUAGCCAGGCUAAGGCUGAUUCAAAUUCUGGUCUUGUAAAGAAAAUUGAAAAUGAAAUGGCAUUGAUUGGACAGGAGCUACGGAACGAAAAGAGCAAAAACUUGGAAUUAUCAAAAAGUAAUGGAGAGCUUCGUCAUUCGGUCAAACAUUUGUCCGAAGAAUUGGAAUCAGCCCGUAGUUCUUUGGAAAAGAAAAUAGCUUCCAGUAGGCAGGCGAAUGCAGACCUUCUUUCUAAUUAUCGCGAGUCUGAAAAACGUGCCGUCGAUCUUCAGACUGAAUGUGAACAACUGAGAGGCCAAAUUGCUACUCUGACCUUGAAAUUAGAACGAAUGGAAACGAAGAAAAGAGAUGUUGAACGCCGUUGUGACGACAUGGAUGCACGAAACUCGGAGUUGAGUCGUCGUUUGAAUCAGUACGAGCGUAGUGCUCGCAUGGCUCUAAAUUUAUCAAUGGGACCUCAAAGCAAUAUGAGGCCAGGUGUUUCUACUACGGACCUUCCUCGUUCAGCUCUGUCUGGAAUCAGUGAGCCUCAUUCAAUCAUCAGAGCUGCCACUAGCUCAGCCGAUCUAUCAAUGAGACAUAGUCCAGACAAAGCGGUUCAUUUCAACGAUGAUUUGGAUAUUGGUGGACAGUUGGAUAUGAGUUCAUCUAUGGACAUCACAUUGAGAUAUUUGAAAGAAAGAAUAACUCAAUUAGAGCGAGAUAAAAGCUCGUUGGCUUCCGAAAUUGACGACAAGACCUUCGAUUUGAAGAACAAUAAGAAGCAAUUGGAAGAAGCUACCUCUUUGCUCAAGGAAAUGGAAAAGAAAUUGAACUCAAUGGAGGACGAUAAUCGAGCUUUAGAGAAUCGUCUUGCUAGUCAACGACAACUUUACUUAUCCAACGAAGAAACUAACCGUAGCCGAGAAUCUGAACAAAGAACUUUGAAGUCCAAAAUAUCCAAUUUCGAGAUUCAUUUAAGAGAGAAAGAUAGCAAACUGACGCAAAUGAUGUCACAGCUUGAAGCCUUGCGUCUCGAAUUGGCGUCUGUAAACGGAGAGAAACAGAAGCUGUUCUCCAACCUCAAAUCAGCAGAAGAAGAUCUCCGAGAUACUGAAGAUGAGAAGAAGGCUAUUGAAAUGGAACGGAACCGAUUCCAACGAAGUCAUAAAGAGCUUCAGGAAGAUCUUAAAGCCGUCACCAAACGUUUUGAAAUUGCUGAAGAAGACAGAUCCAAAUGGGAGAAGUCCUAUCACGAGCUAAAAAGAAGCUCCCAGAGCGAUCGUGAUAAUCUUGAAAAGCUUCAAGCUGAGGAGAGACAUUGGAGAUUAACGGCCGUGAAUGUCAAGAAAAGUUCAGAUGAUUUUCACAAGCAAAAGUACGACGAUAAGCUUGCGAACCUUCAGCACAGCCACGAUGCCGCUGUUGGACGUUACGAGGCGGCUCUAGCUGAUUCCGAUAGACUGCGACAAGAGUUGCGUGAUUACAAUCAGAAAAUCAUAAGUUUGAACACGAAGUUGGCUGACGUCGAGAACAAGGCCGCAGCGGAUCGUGAACAUCGACAGAAUCUGAGCCAGCAGAUUGCCUCAUUCCAAAAGAUCGAAGUUGAAUGGAACCGAAUGGAAAAAGAAAUGCGGGAAGAACUGAAAAUUCUGAGAAAGGAGAAGCUUCAUUUGACUUCUGAAGUUGAGGAUCACAAACGCAAAUUCACGAGAGUUGAUAUUGAAAGGAAAGAGUUGGACUCUAUCCGUGCACGUUUGGAACGAGAAAUUGCUGCCCUGAAGAAGCAUUUGACGGCUCUAGAGGAAGAUCGCAAUCGGAUGGAUUCAGCUGUCAGAGAGACCAUGUCUGAACGGAAGGCUAUCGAUAAGUCACUGGCUGCAAUGGAAAAAGAGAACUCAGAGCUUUAUCGCAACUGUUCCCAGCUGCAAGCUCAGAUUCAACAAUUAGAAAAAGAUAGCAGUCAGAGAACUGUCAGCAAGUUAAUGAAAGAACAAGCUUCAUUUGAAAAUCGCAUUAACAAGCUAUCGCAAGAUAAGAAGCAGUUAGAAAUUCUGUUGGAGCAACGUGAAAACGCUUUCACUCACAAAAGAAAAAUGCUCGAGUCCCAGCUAUCACUUUUGCGUGAACAGCUAGAAGCUGAACGUCGUCGUCGCACAUCUGGCCGAUUUGAUCGUUCAACAGACAGUCGAAUGAGUCGUUCAACAGCAGCUGGAACUCCGUCCAGUGGUACAGCAUCACGCGGUGUAGGGAAAAGUCCAUUUAGGGAAAAGAUCUCAACAUCUUGCACUUCACUUAGCAAAAUACAAGCAAUCUCACCAACUCAAAAAUAUACAAAAAUAGUCAAAAUUCACAGCACUUCAGGUGAAAGCAAUCAUCUGCCGUCUCUAUCCGCACCUCUUUAG